CAUGAAGUGGAUGUUCAAGGAAGACCAUUCGCUGGAACACAGGUGUGUGGAGUCGGCAAAAAUCAGAGCCAAGUAUCCAGAUCGGGUUCCGGUCAUUGUGGAAAAGGUUUCAGGCUCCCAGAUUGUAGAUAUCGAUAAACGGAAGUACCUGGUUCCAUCCGACAUUACUGUGGCCCAGUUCAUGUGGAUAAUCAGAAAACGGAUUCAGUUGCCAUCAGAGAAAGCAAUUUUCUUGUUUGUAGACAAGACUGUGCCACAGUCUAGCCUAACAAUGGGACAACUCUAUGAGAAAGAAAAAGACGAGGAUGGAUUCUUAUAUGUGGCCUACAGUGGAGAGAACACAUUUGGCGUUUGAGACUAAGUGCAGCCUGUGAAUCUUGUAAAUAGGUGGUUUUGUUUUAACACCACACAUAUACUCCCAUCCAUUAGGAAACACUAAAACUGGAUACAAUUUAGUGAUGCCUAUGUCUUGAUAUUCAUGUUUGUGUUUAGGCUAGUAACUUAAUGUAAUUUAAUUAUUAUUAUUUUUUUUUCUUUUUCUGUUUGUCAUUUAACAUUGCUGCUUUAAAAGGGUAUUGCAACAGUCCUUUAGUAGCAAUUAUGUGAUGCCAUUUACACAUAACAGAAAGUGUGAUUUUGAGUAAAUGAACAUUGUUUUAUUCAGAAUACUCCUGGAUUUAUUUUAGGCCCGCUUUCAUAAGAUAUAUAUAUAUAGCUCAUAAACUCAUGGAUGAAUUAUACCAUUAAUCCAUAACUGUCCUCUUACUGGUAUGUAACAAUCCAACUUUACAAAAUCCAUCAAAUAAAAUUACAAUAUUAUCAUA